AUGGCAUCUGGAGCCGACGAGGCCGAGGCGCUCUCCAGAAAGAAGCUUCGACUUGUCAAACGCAACCAGAAGGCGAGCCAUCAGCAGAGCGUGCCCGGCGCAGACACGUCCACCGAUUCGUCGACUGGGCGAGCCUAUGCCACCGUAGCCAAGGGUGAAUUUCCCUCCCUGUCAAACAAUUCUCAACUUUCUUCGGGCGGCCAAGCUUCUCUCUGGUCUUCGGCCGGAAGCCGAAAUAUGGCUCCCAUCCAGAGAAACCAGCCUACACCCUUGUCCUCUCAGCAAGGCCAACAGGAUGAUUUAUUUUCAUCCUCACGUCUAGCAUCCCAACAAGGCUCCUUCCGCUUCGGCAGCCAGAGCAGCACAGGACAGUCCUCACAGCCCCAACCGGGCAGUAUCGAUGAUUUCCCUCCCCUCAACAACAGCAACGGUGGUUUCCGUAACGGCAACGGUGAUAUUGGUCAGGAACGUGGCUCGAGCCUGAUGUCCACGCUCGGGUUUGGCGCGCAGCCUAGUCCAGCACCCUCGCUUUCCGGUAACAGAGCUGGCAAUCCUGGCAACGGCCUCCUCAACGCAUUAAACAAUCAUGCCGCCGAUGCUCGAUCGCCUGAUGCUGGUGCUCCCGGUUCCUCACGUCCUCAGGACAUCAGAAGCGCAAUUGGCAGCGACGAGCCUCGUCAAAAGCCCCCUGGAUUCCGAGAUGAUAGUGCUGCAUCGCCCUCUUCCACUCAAGACCCGGCCACACAGUCCUCUGAGGCGCGCAACGCAUUGGGUGCCAUAGGAAACGAUCUGUCGUUGGGCAAAGGACGAGACGAGACGGACAGUCAAGCCGGACUCGACCCCCUGGCUGGCAUGUCGCCUCUUGACAAAUGGGGUAUCAAGGGUUUGAGAACGCUUAUGAACAACUACCCGGAUUACAGCAGUGCCGUCACCGGUGUUGACCCUAACCAGCUUGGACUAAAUCUCCAAUCUUCCGAGCCGAUAUCAACACAGAUAUACUCAUUGUUCAACGAUGCACCUCCGCGCCCUGCCAUCCCUGCUUUUAGGUUGCCGGAAUGUUACAGCGUGACGAACGUGCAGCCGUUAGAGAACAAAAUCCAGAGCUUCAACGAGGAAACUCUGAUGUGGAUCUUCUACAGCUGUCCUGGAGACGUCAAGCAGCACCUGGCUGCUGCUGAACUAAACAACCGGAACUGGAGGUGGCACAAGAGAUUACAGAUCUGGCUCACCAAGGACGACCAGAUGGCACCUCGAUCAUUGAGUCCGCAGCACGAGCAAGGCUAUUACAUAAUUUGGGACACCAACAACUGGACCAAAGUUCGCGAGGCGUACCACUCUCGUAGUGCUUCCCAGUUUAGGGGCCAGGACGGCAGCAAAGGCGAACCCCAGUCAUCUGAGGCCGAGCCAUGGCCCAAGAGCCAGGAACGGCCCGGAGGCCAGCGCGACAGCGAGAACAUGGACAAGUGCAAGGGCAACGCUUAG